UCGGGUGGUGGAGUCGAUAGUUUUGUUGUUCGUUUUUCUUUAGGGUAUUUUGUGUGUUAGAGAGUUAAUAAAAAAUAUCAAAUUUUGUUGACAAAGAUUUGUAAUGAGAAUUGAUCCCACAUCACUAGAAACGGGAGAGGAACUCUAACUAGUAACUACUGUAGUUAAUAAAAUAAAAUAAAAUCGAAAAACCCUCCACCUGUGCGCCAUCUUUGCGCAGCUCCAAAUCCAGCAACACAGGGAUUCCAGACUUCCGAUACCGAGAAGGUACUGGAUGGAGUUAGAUCGCUUAUCGUUUACUCAACACUUGCAUUUCGUAUUCCACUAUUCUUCUCUCUGAGCUCUCUCAGGUCAGGUCAUAAAUCUUUUAUUUUUCGGAAUUUCAUGUUCACCGUAGCCUAGGUUUCAUGAAUUAAUGGUUUCCUGCAAUUUUGUAAGCUUAAUCAAUCUUACAAAUUCAUAUAAUUUUCUUUGUUGUUGGAUUUCUGUAUGAUAUAAUAAUUGUAGCUAGUUUUGUUUGAAAUUAUUACUUUUCAAGGGUUUUAUUCUAAAAAUACUUAAUCUGUUAGCACAAAAACACAGCCUUUUUAUCUAAAAUUAUUGUGUGGAAUGAUGGGAUUAUUUCCUACCACAAUAAGUAUAAGUGCAGGGAGAAUAUAUUUGUAAAUUGCAUUUGUUAGCCAUCACGAUUUAUCACAUAUUCUUGUUGUAAUUUAAAUGUGAGAAGUGGUUGAUUCAUUUUAGUUUGUGUUAAUGUAUCAAUGUAUGUGUAUAUGGAAUGAACAUGUGCCUUUUAACUUAUCUGCUUGUCGAUGUGUGUAGAUAUUGUUUCCAACAAGUUAAAACGAGAAACUAAGUAUGAAAUUGUUGCAAGAGAGGGAGUUGAUGGUUUCAACCCCUCCUACGUUUUCUCCCGUAACCGCCAUGCUUCUAGCAGUGGGUGUGAGAAAUCCAAGGGCAAACGUCCCCGGAAAGAGAGAGGUGAUUCCUCGCCUCCAUCUGCGUUCUUGGCCCUUAAAUGGACUGAUAGGGCUCCCAAGGUGCAUGACCUGACUAACCAGCUUUACUCCCAAGCGGAUGAUGCUUACUUCGAUGAGGCAGGACAGGCUGCAGUAGAUGCCAUGUAUGAUGCUUAUACAAAGUUUGGAGUGUCUAUGACAGUUUUAGGAGAGCGUUUCAAGAAGGGCUCUCUGCAAGAAACUUUGGGCCUUCGUGCGGAGCUUAACCAAGUGAGGAAUGAUUGCCACAAGUUGAAGCAAGAUUUGCAUAGGGUGCAGUCCGACUUGAGUUUGGCUAGCACAAAGCACAGGGAAGCUAUCGAGGCUAAGGAGGCCGAGAUAGCCAAUGAGAAGAAAAUGCAUAAGUAUGCCUUUACCUUCAGUAGCUACCUCCAGAGGAAGCUCAAUGCGACAGAACAAGAGCUGGUUGAAGCACGAGAUCAGGUUAGCGCAUCUGAUGGGAGGAACAUGCUCUCUCAGGAGGAGGUUAUUGAGGCUUGGAAGCAAACCCAAGCUUAUGAAGACUUCAAGAUUUCAAAUGGGAUUGAGGCCUUUGAUUGCGGUCUAAAUGAUGCUGUUGACAAUAUGAAGAAGGCAUUCUCAGCAACAGGUUUGGAGGAUUCUUGGCCUUUGGUGAAGGCCAAGUAUGAUGAGCUCGAGGCUGAGGCUAAUCAGAUGGUCAUGCAGGGAUUGCAGACUGGAUCUUCCUCCACAGCGUCGACAUAAACUUUCUGAAAUAUAUAUAUAUAUAUUAAAAAUAAUAAUAAUAAAAAGAAUGUUGUCCAAAAAAAAACUUAAAACUCAGUGAAGUUGUAAUAAUGCAUUUAUG